UCUGGUUGUGGGAGGCCACGUGGGAGGGGAGCCUGAGCACCUGAGUGUCCUGGUCCUUGCAGGAGGCGAGGGCGAUCGUGAAGCAACAGCUGUUGGCCCUCACGGGAUGCCAGUAUAGGAAGAAGCAGGGCAUGGUCCCAUUCCUUGGAUUGUUUCUACGUGACGUGCCCGUCGACCAACUCCCGGAAAAUAACGAUGGUGACGGGAUGAGAGAGAGACAGUUGAGCACCCAGUCACAGAAGGUCACUGUCAUCCUACAUGAGAUGACGAUAUACCAGCACGUGGCCAGGCUGUAUGACCUGGAGCCCGAGGAGCACAUCAUGUCAUUUCUCCAGGCCAUGGAGCCCCUGGAUGAGGAGGAGAGCUACAGCCUGUCUUGCCAGCUGGAGCCCCCAGGCCAGGGCGCUGGCAUAAAGGGACUGUUGCAGUUCUUCAGGUCCCACAAGAUUUAAACUUCCUGGCCAGGACCAGGUGAGUUUCUGGGCUGGGGCGAUCGGCAGGGGGUGGGCUGCUCCUCAGCCUCAGGGAAGCUUCGGGCCAUGCUGGGUGUGGGGGCGUCCUAAAGACCGGUGGGGCUGGGGUCCCAACUCCACGGCCGACCAGUCCUGUCAGACUGAAGGGUGGUUCCGCUCCCCCUCCGGGACCCAGCCUCCUCCUCUGUGAGUAGGUGAUGCUCAGGAGCCUGCCCGUGACAGGGACGCCCCCGGGUGCUGGUGAUUGACAGGACCCUCCGCACAGGGCCCAGAGCCCA